AAAUUCAAAUCAUGGCUCUAUAGAACUCUAAUUAUAGAAAUGUAUCUUCACCAUUUUAGAGAGCAAAGAUGGCUAUCACCAGUCAUUGUCCACAAAGUAGCUUGUUUUAAAAGUCAAAGUCAGAUCUUAGCAAUGAUCGCCUAUUAUUGGGACAUAAAUGUCCCAAUAUCUAUCAUAGUUAUUUUUCCAUUUCCAUAACAUUCUUAUUAACAGUAUUCUCUUUCUGCUGGAUUGGUGAGGAUAACUUUAGAGCAAAGAAAAAUAGUAUCUGACAAGACUUUUAUAUAUCCUCUUUCGACUGUUAGAUAGUAUAGCUGUAGCACUCUUUUUGUCUGGCUUGAUUAAUAUUUGGGCAAGUCUUUGAUAAAUUUAUACUUUGGAAUUUAUGUUAUUGAACUCUUCAUAUUCGAUCAUCUCUUAGCAACAUGAUUAGAAGGUUGUGUUCAAGAGUGAAGAGCUUGAUUGCUUUUUAUUGAGUCCUAUAAACUAGC